AUGAUUUUUCUACAUCAUCAAGCUAUUGGCCUUUCUUCUGCUCAGCUUAGCGAGUUAGAGAAGAAGAAUGCUUACUUUCUCCUUGAGACACUUCAUAUUUUUAUCCCUGCGUUUGACACCUACCUUGAGGCUGUUGAGCAAUCUAAGUUUGAGGUUGUCGUCAAUACAUACAAGCUGAGAUACUUGGACUACACAAGUGGUGCCACUCAUUGCAAUUCCAUUACAAAUGAAGAUCUCAAGGUGCUCUGCCCUGACUUGCUUCCUUCUCGACGUGAGCAGAUUAACGUUGUGGAUGUGAAAGGAGCUAAAGAGCAGGCGGCUAACAAGACUGUAGCCUAG